AUGAUGACGAAACGUUUGCAAAUCAAUUGCCAAGCUCGGCGAGCAGACCAACAGCCACCUGAUCAGUUACAAACCAAUACACUCGAGCUACCAAUAUUCCAACACAUUACCAACAUAGUCAAAGGUGGCCGAUCCAUUGGUAGGAUAAUUCGUGAAUGGCGCGAUGACUGCGAUGUGUUCUACAUUGCUUUCCCACGUGAUCUUCAUGUGGUUCUGAAGCUCCUGGUGAUGAGUUCAACCGUGCUCAUUGCAUUUGGACCACUCCCACCCUCUAGUUUGAAGGUGGUUAAGGUUCUGGGAUUGUCGAUGCCGCAACUGAGCUACCAGUUGCGUGGCACCUUAGAACAUGGUUUUUCUCUCGUCCGUCACAGAGUCAAAUGUGCACAAAGUCUUAAAGAAAAGCUAGAAGCUGUUGAUGUCGAGAUAAAGACUGCCAUGAAGGUGAACACCAGAAAAGCGGAACCAAUGAUUUGGCCACCUCUAUGCUUCCGCCAGUCUAAUUUGGGCAUGGAAAACAGCCUUCUCUUCGGCAAACGAUGGCCACACAUGGCUAAACGAACACAGCUUCCGGUGAUGGACACAUUCUUCGAUGGAAGUUGCGUGACCAAAAACCCGCUUUUUAAUUGCCCUGCUACGGAUACGCCGACACCAAUCCACACGAGCUAUGAUCCUGAGGCGAUUGUCGAGCACUUGAAGAUGUCUCAGUUUCACUGCUCGAACAGACCAAAUCUCAGAGCCAUACGACAAAACAGCUCGCACUUUAGCUGGAUACACACGUCCCUUGAGAUUCAGGGUUACACCGUUUUGAUGCCAUAG